AUGAGCCAAAGUCCAUCGGUGUCGCCAAGAAGGACUCUUAACAACAAAUCAUCGUACAUCAGCAGCAAUGGUGGACUGAUUCUGCCCCCUGCGAAGCUGGACCUGAACCAGCAACCGGCGCUGAAUUUCCAGCAGAAGGCGACUUUUGACUUGAACCAACAGUUCUUCUACUAUCCGGACUCGCCUACGAAGAAACCACGGCCAAGGUUCAACGGCGGCUUGCAAACCAGCAAGGACAGUAAUGAAAACUAUUAUACUAAUAACGGCAACAACAGGUCGUCCAGAUAUCCAAAUACCACCAACACUGCUAAUGUCAAUUCUAACCCGCAUCCGCAUCAGCAGUCGGUGUCUCACAUAAACUCCAAAUCUCUUAGAUUCCACCAAACUAAGGAGACAGACAGCAUACAGGAUAUCUCGUUCCCUUCCAGAACGUGCACGGCCAAAAGGUAUUUCACCAGGCCAAUAGAUCUGUACGGGAUCAGAAACAAUUGUAGCGCCGUCACGCCUGGGUUGAUGAAUUCCCCAACGAAGUCAAAGGCAAACUUCAACAUUAAGAAGUCUAUUUUGCCCAGGUGCGUGAUCACCACAUAUAAAUUACCGUCACCAGUAUACGAAACAAUAGACGAUAUAUCGAAAAAAAUCAUAAUCUUGCAGAUUUCGCUGAAUUUUGAGAAAAGCUAUCAUUUUUUGCAGCCGAUUCAGCUGUCUACUAAUAAAAAGACACGGGUAUCGAAAUCACUCGAAGAAUUAUGCAGAGAGCUAUUGCUACCACCAACUAAACCGCAGCACCAACUCCAAAGCAACAUCAAGUCUAUGAAGAAUCCUCCGAAUAUCAAUACCAAGCAGAGAACCAGUACCACCGCCGGUACAAACGCCAAUGAGAGCUUUGAAUUGAGUUUUGACGGGAAAGCGAUGGACAGAUCUGAUAUAUUUCGAAUGGUGGACUCAUUUAGCAUCGCCAUCUCAGAUGAUGAUGACGAUGACGACGAGGAUUCCUUUCAGCAGAGAAACAGGAACAGCAGAAUCUUACCUGCUGAGAUACUGAGUAACGGGCCUUUGAAAUGA